CAUUCCCAAGGUUCACCUUUUCCAGUUUGGUCGCUUAGUUAACCCGCUCGCCACAGAAAGGUGGUGUUUCUUUCAGGCAGGGUAGAUAAUGCCUCCUGGUGAACAGCAUUCUUCGUUAUUUUCUGCCAAUGUUGACAUUUACAAUGGCGACUUUGUCAAUAAAAGAAACCAAAAUAUACAUUGUUAUUAUUGGAAGACAUCUGAAAAACCACGGGCACUCCUGAUCAUCAGCCAUGGCUUUACGGAGCACAGUAUGAUGUAUGAUUCCUUAGCUACAGAAAUGGCGAAGCGAGGAUUCUUCGUAUUUUCGCACGAUCAUGUUGGCCACGGGAAGAGCGAUGGCACUAGAGCUUUCAUGAAUGACAUGCAUGAUUUGGUCGAAGAUACUUUGAUGCAUAUUAAGUUUGUGAGAAAAGACUAUCCCGAUCUCCCACUUUUCAUGUGCGGGCACUCUUUGGGAGGAGCGGUAUCCUUAAAAACUGUCCUCCAUAAAGAAAUUCCUCUAGAUGGCAUCGUACUUAUAGCUCCAGCUUUAAAACCAAACCCAGAAACAGCUGGCCCUUGGAAGAUUGCUGCUACCAAGCUACUUAGCAAGUAUCUCCCACAUUUCCCCAUAGCAUUUACAGACUUCAGUUUGGCUUGCCAGAACGCGCAAAAAGUCAGCCAGAUGGACGCAGACCCAUUGAUGUUUCAUGGAUAUUGGAAAGUGCGGCCAGUAAACUGCUUACUCCAGUCCGGAGAGGAAAUUCUGAGAAAUUGCUCUGACGUAAAAACGCCAUUUCUGCUUCUUCACGGCACUAUGGAUAAAGUUUGUCACGUAUCUGGCGCAACGGAGUUGUUUGAAAAUACCUAUCCAGUCAAUGAACACAUUGAAAUUCUGAGAAAUUGCUCUGACGUAAAAACGCCAUUUCUGCUUCUUCACGGCACUAUGGAUAAAGUUUGUCACGUAUCUGGCGCAACGGAGUUGUUUGAAAAUACUAGUACCGAAGACAAGUCCUUGAAGUUAUAUCCAAACGGAUAUCACUGUCUUUUGCAUGAACCUGAUGAAAUCGCUAAUGAUGUAUUUCACCGAACUGUACAAUGGCUGGAUUCAAGAGUGCAGUGACGGAUGGUGGAAACUUAGCUGGCGUCGUCUUUUAUUAAUGAUCAUUUGGAACAUUUGAAUUAUAUUCAUAGUAAUGCAUCGAUUGUUACCUAUUUUUACACUUCAUGAUAUGUUG